AUGCCUCCCGAAGAGGAGCUCUCGGCAUGGCUCAUAUCCGAGAUAGAGCACAUCUUCAAGGCCAGCAUCAAGCCAGGAGCGCUGCUCCACUUGGUAUCGUUGGCAGAGGAGAUCAAUGCUGGCACCCUCUUAUCAGAAGACCACUUGGAGGCAGUGUUCAUGGAAAUCUUGACGGACUUGGGCAUUCCCAGCAACUAUACCACCACCAUGGACUACUUGCACGCGGUGUACCACCGCACGUUUGCCGCCAAGCGGUCGCUUCCCGUCAAGACCUCGUUGUACCUGGAAAAGGUGGCGCUUUUCAACAAGAUCGUCAAGUUGGCAACGUCGUAUGGGUUUAUCUGCUUCCAGAUCCCCGAGAUGUUCAUCAACAACAACGUCAACGACGCCGUGGGCGUGUUUGUCCGCAGGUACUCCGAAACCUCGUCGUUCUUGACCGACAUCAUCAACACCAGCGUGGACCAGGAGGGCUUGCUCGAGUUGUUGAAUGUAUUUUUGCCUGCCUUGAGUGCCUUGACUGCCACAGUUAACUUGGACGACCGUCUCUACGUCAAUUACCUCUCUCUUUACGAGGUUUUUGUGAACUCCAAGCCAGUUGCAGCCAUCUUUUCCCAAGUGGACGGUUUCCAGCCCCCAGACAAAGCAAACCCCCUCGACUACGAGCACAAGACCCUCUUGGGACCUUUGUUGAGAUUAUCUCCUUUGGUCGAAGAGGCAAGCACCUACUACUUUACCAACGUCACAUCUCUCUCCCAACCCCAGAUAUCGAGCAUUUACGACUCUAUCCAGAACGAGUACAAAUACGUCUGUGAUCGUCUCUUUUACAUCAUUGAUAAGUUGAUCCGUGGCUCACCCGAAACAAGAAAUGCCUUAUUGAACUGGUUUGCCACUUUGAUCAACUUGAGUCAUCUCAGACGAGGCAGUCAUGCCGAUUUGAAGAAGAUAGCUGGUGACGGUAUAAUGUACAACAUUUCUAUCAUCUUGAUAAGGUUGAGUUCUCCUUUCUUGGAUUACCCAACCUACACUAAGGUGGAUAAGAUUGACGUUGAUUACUUCUCCAAAUCUUCGUUGAUAGACAUUAGUGAAGAAUCCAGAGUCAAUUCUUCAAUUCAAGAAGCAAACGAGAAUAAAAAACUUGAACAGGAACCAAAUUUUAUUUCCCACUGCUUCUUCUUGACAUUAUCUUACUUGCAUUAUGGUGUAGGUGGUAUUUACAUUCACUAUGAUAGGAUCAAGAACCAAAUCAAACAAUACACCGAAAGAAUCGAAAUGAUCACACACAACAGAUUGCCACCUGGCAGUAACCCAAUGAUGUUACAGAUCUUGAGGAAUCAAAUGCCUACCUUGGCUAAGCAAUUAAAUUCCCUUCAUGCCGUGAAAAACUCUAUCCAGGCCAUUUUCAGCAACAGACCCAUUCAAGAAGAGAUCUUUGAUUUUAUUGUGGGUGCAACCACAUUCAUGAUUAAGUUGGUUGAUCCUGAGCACUUAGCUCCAAAACAGAAAUUAAAGAUUCCAAUUUUCCAAAUCAGCACAGUCUCACAAUUGGAUGAUCAAGAUUUCUUGAAGACUAAAACCCCAAGACCUUGGAAGUAUUAUCCUGAAUUUAUUCUCGAAGGAAUUAUCAACUACUGCAAGUUUUCAACCAACUUCAGAGGAUGUCCUUUGGUAUACAACACAGAGAAGCUAACUCUCUUUGUUGAAUUUGCGAUAGUGUUACUAAGGUGCCCGGAAUUGAUUGGUAACCCACACAUGAAGGCUGAUUUGGUGGAGGUAUUGUUUAUUGGAUCCUUACCAUUACCAAAUGGAGAUCCAGGAUUUAUUGCUUCUAUUUUUAAUUCCAACAAGUUGGUCAUGGAUAAUAUUUUGUACUCUUUGUUGGAUUUCUAUGUCAUGGUUGAAAGAACCGGUGCUUCUUCUCAAUUCUACGACAAGUUCAACAGCAGAUACUAUAUUUCAAUAAUCAUUGAAGAGUUGUGGAAGAGUCAAAUCUUCCGUCACCAAUUAACAGAUUACUCUGAAAACAAUGUGGAUUUCUUUGUCAGAUUCAUCGCUAGAAUGUUGAAUGAUACUACCUACUUAUUAGAUGAAACCUUCAAUGAAUUGAAUGCAAUCCACAAGUAUCAACAAGAAAUUAAAAGAAGAGCUAUCGGAGAGGAUCUGAACGAAGAACUCGGAUCAGAUGAGGAGCUAGCAGGAAACUUGGAAUCUGCUGAAAGGAAGGCAAAAUCUUAUAUGGGUUUGAGUAAUAAGACUAUGGAGCUCUUCAAACUUUUCACCAAAGAAGUUCCAAAGGGUUUUAUCUUGCCUGAAAUUGUGGAUAGAUUGGCAGGUAUGUUGGACUACAACUUAUCCGUCAUGGUUGGGCCAAAGUGUGUGAAUUUGAAGGUCGAGGCCCCAGAGAAGUAUGACUUUAACCCAAGAAGAACAUUGACUGACUUGUGUGAAAUUUAUUCUAAUUUGGGUUCUCAAGAGAAGUUUGUAAUCGCGGUAUCAAGGGAUGGUAGAUCAUUUGAUCUUAGUUAUUUCCAAAAAGCAGAGAGGAUUUUGACUACCAAGACGUUCACCAACCCUGCUAUCAUUAGGUCAUUGAUUGAAUUUGCCAAGAAAGCGGAUUUGCAACGUCAAACGGAUGAAGACGAAGAACUAGAAUUGGGAGAAAUUCCCGAUGAGUUCUUGGACCCCUUGAUGUACACUUUGAUGGAAGACCCUGUGAUUUUACCAAGUUCAAAGAUCAGUAUUGAUAGGUCUACCAUUAAGGCUCAUUUAUUGAGUGAUUCCACCGAUCCAUUCAACAGAGUACCACUCAAAUUAGAAGAUGUGGUAGAAGACUUGGAACUCAAACACAAGAUCGAAAGCUUCAAAAGGGAAAAAAAGGCACAGAAGUUACAAGCCCAAGACGUAGAAAUGACGGAUUAG